AUGAAGCACGCUCGGGAUGUCGAUGACUUGGAUGAGUUUGCGCCGAGCAAGUGGUUUAAGACGAAUCAUGACGAGCUGCUCAAUGUGGUUUUCCGCUUCAAGCACAAGGCUCCGAGUGACCGGCAAGACGAAAGUCUGUGCCGGACUUUAGUGGAGCAAUUUGCAGCAUUUGUAGCAACACUCAGACCUGCUGUGACCGAGUCUAGUCACCGUUGUGCCCUGGCUAACCCUGUCAUCGACGACCGGAUCGUUCCAGUUGGAGACUUUACGGUCCACGAAGUUGAGACCUUACGAAAUGCUUGUCGUAGCAUGGAAUCCUUGGCAGAUGAUAUACAUGAACGAGGAGAUGUGUGGUACCAUCCAUGGCUACCGGCUUAUGGAUGUGCAUUGCAAUGGACAAAGGUUAACGCCGGAGUGGUAAAAUUAGACGUGAUCUGUGUCGAUGGAUGGGAACGAACGUUACACUUUUUGUCAACGGGGGUAUGCGUGCACAGCGCCGUUUCCAAGACCUUCAGUGAAAUAGCUUGUGCAAAUUUGGAUUGUAGCUUGGAGCAGAAAUUCGGCAAAGUGUUUGAGUCAAAGUUACAGAAAGCGCAACAAAGUAGGGGAUCGAAACGAAGUGCUGCAUCUCAAAGUCUAGGACACCAAAAGACACCACAGUUUAUUGCUGCGGUGGUUCGUCGUGCUGUUGCAGCAGUUGCUGGAAGGUUGGACAGCAUAGGAGACGAAGACGAAAGCGAAGGCGACAGUGACACGGACGAAAGCAUUGUUCCUCAUGGAGGAACGACAGACGUGGGACAGCACACAGGAGGACGACCACGUGAUACUUGCUGGCCGAUUGUUCAGGCUGCAAUUGCAAAACAAAUUUGCUGUGGUCGAGGGUUGUACCAAAAGACAAUGGUGAUGUUUCGGCUACAUUUGCUUCAUGCAUCUAUGCACGAUGUACAGAGCGACUUUAAUCGUGGUGUUGGUGUAAAAGACGGAUGUGACGCGAUCGAUGACUUGUUUUUUAUGCUUCAAGUGGUGGUUGAAAACACUGUUAAGCUGUUAGAGCUUGGAUACAACAUCGCAGCUCUCGAGUGUCAAUGCAGCUCUGUGAGAGCUAGUAUCGAUAGAUUACUUGGAUCUUUGAACCACAGGUCACAAACACGAUUUUGUCUACCAGAGCGUGAAAAGUUGCAGCAGCUCCAAAGUUUUCAAGGCCGUGUUCAAGUAGACUGGCUUGAACACGAAAAGUUUACGAGUGUUGAAGCCAGCGAGGAAGAGCGCCAUCUUCGUGCAUUGACAAACCUGAAAGGAUGCUGGUACCUUGAUGGAACCACAUGCAGUCUGAGCACUUUGAUCGACUGGGAAAGAUCCACCAACGCCUCAAAAUCGUGCAAGUGUUUAUUGGCAAUGCGGACGGUUGAGUCUUUCAUGUUUGCAAGAUCGAUCCACUUGAACAAAGACAAUAUCGACCAGCUGUCUAACGAUGACGAUGACAACGAUUUAUUCGCUGCAAACAUCAAGGUGCUCGUCACUACGUACAAGAAGAACGUCGAUGAACAGCACCAACUUCCUCAAUUGACGUCCGUUCUACAAGUCGAGCAACGCAGUCGAGAGAUGCUGGUCAUGUGGAUUGCAUUUUGUCUCGUUCAUCAGCGAUGCGUACGUCAAUUCCCUCUGUGCAGAGAGUAUAGUAUCGCACUCGCGUGGCAGGAUUUAAAAGUGGCUGUACUAAGAGAUCAGACUGCCAUUAGUGCUCUGAAAGACGUGUGCAAAUACAUUCGUGGUUGGAACAAGAGGGCACAAGGACCUCCGCUCUUCCACUUGACCACACAGAGCCCAACGUUCGAGUUUGGGCGGAGAUACGCGCUGAGCAGCGAAAGUAUGAUCGAUACUUAUAACUCUGAGGUCGAAAGCUGGGAUCGGCAUGUGCAGAGCAAAUGGAAAGAGGUGGAAGAAAAGAGAAGCAGGGCAGCAGAUAUUCGUGCAGAGCUUUCGACAGCGACUGAAAAGCUACAGUCAAAGCAACGUGAGCUGGCAAAUGAACGUUCAUGCGGAUCAAGUGGGCGUGGGGAAAGCAAAGCAGUGAUACAACUAAAUUGCAAAAUCUCGUCGUUAAAGUCCAAGAUCAAGUCAGCAAAAUGUUCGUUAAAAAGAGCUCUCGGUGCUCCUCCUCCUCUAGUCCGACCAUUACCAAAUGCGAAAGAUGAUGCCAUGCAACUCAUCUUCAUGCUGGCCAUGCCAAGAAGCCUUGAAAUACUUGGAAGCCUGUGUUGUACAGCUCAACGCACUCUUGCACCAACGGAACCGACAGAUGAUAUAGCGACGUAUUCCGGUCUAAGCAACACCACAUGGAAGGAUUUCUACGUUAAACAUCGACGAUGUCAAGCAUUGUGUCCGACCACUACUGAACUUGUAGCAACUGCCGGCACAUUUUUUCUUCCAGCAUCUAGUGGAGCACCAUCCGUGGACAGUUUGUGCAGCAUCGCUCACUUUAAAUCACAGCAUGUAGUGAGCCCGAUACUGCAGCAUACGAAACUCACGUGGAAAGACUCAGCUGGUGAUGUGCUGAAUCCAUUCAAUGCUACUCAGGCGAGUAUAACGGACAGCUUUAUCGAGAGGCUUCCGCGUUCAUAUGAAAACUUCCAGUGGAUGAAUGUGUGGCCAGGUGGAAACGCUGCACGAGGAAACUUAGUCUACUCUCGGUUGAACCACGUUCCAGAUGCGUUUGAGAAAGUAUCAUUUAUUGCUCUCGGAUCGCUGCGAUCCUUCCCAAACCAGCAGUUUAGAAAACUUCAAUGUGCCUUACUAAGUGAUACCUUGCCGUGGUCAAACUCGUUGGUUUGUACCAUUGUGCGGCAGUCGCUUUAUCAAAUUGGGGACAUGUCGGAUGUGGACGAGCCAAAGCUGGUAUGGAAGACGGAUAUGUUGCAAUACGAAAAUGGCCUAAACACAUUUUGCACCACACUACGUGCUAUUGCUGACAAGUUAGGGCAAACGCCACGGUGCUAUGAGAACAUUCCGCUACUCAGUGAACUAGCUGGAUACCUGUGUCAGUUCAGCAGCGCCGCAAAUCCUGUCGUGAAGCUGUUUUCCAGAAUGGCGAGAACCUGGGCCGAUAAUUCACGUGUGGAAGGCGAAAGUGAUCGCACUACUGAUCGUACUGCCACGCUCCACCAGAACCAAUGUAUUUUGUACGGUUACGCGCUUUUAGCCUAUACACUCGGACCGUUGGACAAUGCAGCGUCCCAGGAUGUGUGCGAGCUAAUCGUUUUAUUCCGCACCUCAUUUAUGUGUGCAAGCAUUAGCACUGCCUCCACGACAAAUAUGCUUUGCGUUGAAAGCAGAGUUACUGAGAUGAUGACUCGUCGAAUCGCACAGCUGAUCUACUUCGUCGAAAAGAGCGGCACUAGUGCCGUCCUUACGUCGUUGGUAAAAUUGGUAUGUCCGCGAUCUCCUCGUCAACUCGAGUGGACGCAAGUCAAUGAAGAACCAAUAAACGAGAACUGCUUGGGAAGCUGCUUCGAAUCCUCUGGAGCUCACUAUGCUAUCAACCUUUUCACAGGAGUUGUCUUGACUGAUGGCAAUACUCCUGGGGGGCUGCCGCCUACUAUUCGUGAGCACCAGCGAUUUCAGACUCUAUUUGGACGCUGUGAUUUCGAAGUGUUUUACGUGAACGGCGUGUUUCAGACCAAAAGCUUGUACUGCGACCGAUUGUACGAGUUCGCGAUUCAGGGAGAUGACGUGCAUAUUCAAGAGCUCGUCGUUGAGACAUCGGAAAAUGCUGGAAGUACCUUUCGGUUAUGCCCUCUUGCCUGGAUCGAGUCGAUCAGUGACCACUUGCCAACUCGGCUGUGGGAAUUAUAUUCACAUUGGCACUGGGUGGAGAAAAAUUGUAUACUUUUUCGACCCAAGGAAGCCAAAGAUAGGGAAGUCUUCUUUAUCACAACAAUCGAUGAACACGAUGGUCUACAAUGUUUCCGGGUGCCAUAUAGUGACACGCACAAUGCCAACGUCCUCAUCUUACAGCAGUGCAGAGCCUACGACCGGUUUGAUAAGCAGAAUGAAAUUUUGCAGAGCGUUUUUAGUGUGCUGACAAAAUUCGAGGAGAACCGAUUUUUGCAUGUGAUGAGGUCUCCUGAGGGUGUGUUGAAAAUUGAGCUGCCACGAUUCAAGCUGGGUUUUUUUCUUAAUAGUCGAAUGCAGUUCGAAUCGGUCGAACACAUCGGAUACGUGUUGGCAACACAGCAGCAGUUUGACGAUUUUCUACCGCGAUUUGAGAGGUAUCUGCUGCUUGAAUUGCAAGACAAAUUUGACACAACACGACCAGAGCUUCGCAUGCUACUGCCGUCUGGCUCUGUCAAGGAGAUUCCGAAUGGGAUGGUUGAUAUUGAGAUCCCUUAUACAGCACAGAGUCGCAUCGAUGUGGCAUGCUUUGAUGUUCAUCGCCGCUUAAGGACAUUUGAAGCCGAGACGAUUGGUGCUAGACUUCUGCUUGCUGCGGUGUGUGUUCGUGCUGGAACAAACAUACCAAGCAAGCGGUUAAUGAUGACAGGAUCAGAGGCAGCUGUGCAAAUUUUACGGUCGUGCCACUCGAGCCAAUCGUGCUCACCAGAAGAAAGGGAACUUUUGGUGUCGAUCUGCGAGCUGAGCUUUCGCAUACCGGCAGUCAAAAUUUUGGCGGUGGCUUUGCUGACGAAAUCUAAACAACUAGACUUUAUUCGUGGUAAAGAAGGACAAACGACAGACAUGUCAAUGUGGGGAAUCGAUGAACAAACCGAGUAUGACGACUUGUGCUCAGGGAGGGUUCAUUAUAACUGUUUGCGUUCGUACUUCCAAAACAAAGAGGAGCGGACUCUGUUUGGCCGUGCUCGACGUGUACUACAUGCCCCGUUUUCUCCUGAGUUCGUGUCACAUAUUCCACUUCCUGAAGCUAGAAACUAUGCUAAAGUGGUUGAAGAGAAGCUGCAAUGUUUUGUGCACUUUACAACGCAUUCCAGAGCCGACAAUAAAUUGCCGCUUAACAGGCGACCAACGGCUGGUGUGAUGAGCGGAACUAUGUCGGACGACCUGGAAUUUAGCUGGAAGUGGUACCAAUCGCAAGCUCAAGCACGAUUGAAGGUCCCACCUGGCGUGCUGAUUGAUGAAUUGAUGUUAUUGCUCAGUGGUGUUGCAUCCUGUCGUAGCGAGAUGGAAAAGUACUUGAGGAAUGUACAUGCUAUGGCUGGAAGCAACGCUCGUGAUCGUCUCCUUUCACUGGCUAACGUUUUGCCCACAAUGACCAUCAGCGAUAUUGUAAAGUGUUCGUUCGACGACGAGAUGCUGUACGCGCUGACGCAGAAGCUAGCAAAGACGUCGAGACAGGAGUUCAAAGAGGUUGUUCUUCAAUAUAUGGAGCUUUGUGUUUUGGAAGACAAGGUCGAGAGACUGAUCUGGAAGGCAAAGCGUAGUAGCGAAUUGUCCGAGUCCGAACUGGUGAACGAAUUACUGAACGUGCGUCAGUGGGAAUCGACCGAGUAUCCGUACUGGCUAGCGUUUGAAGUGGAAGGGAGACUCCAGAUUCGGCAUGAGCAGUUUGUGGUAGCAAGCCACCUGAUAAAAAAGAGUGGGACGGUUUGCCAGCUCAACAUGGGUUGCGGCAAGACUCGGGUAAUUUUGCCAAUGCUGUUUCUGCAUUAUACUCUACGAACAAAUCGUCCACGAGUUGUUCGUGCACACUUUUUGGGGACUUUGCUUAGCGAAACGCGGCAAUUCAUGCACCGAUAUUUGUCAGCUUCCGUCGCCCAACUCAACAUUUUUGAACAGCCGUUUGAUCGUGGUAGUGCCUUGGACGCCCGGAGACUCGAACUUGUUCAUGAUGCACUUCAAGAGACUAAGCUCUUUGGCGGCAUACAAAUGGUAUCUCCUGAACAUCGCAUGUCGCUGGAGCUGAAGGCUCUGGAGUUGGGCGACAAACACGCCCUCACACCAAAGUUAAAUGAAAUUCUGAGCAAGACCGAAUUUAUUGAUGUUUUGGACGAGUGUGAUGCACUUCUUCACCACAAGUACCAUUUGGUGUAUGCUGUGGGUACGCCAAAGUCGCUGUGCAACGGAGUCGAAAGGUGGACUAUCGCAGAGGCUUUGUUGCGCAUUGUGGCAGAUUCAUCGAUAACCUCUCGAGUGAAGAGUGUGCUCCAGACACCACGUGUGUCAUGUAAUUCUCCUGACUACGAAAAUCGAUUAGGUGCUUACCCAGGAACUCGACUCAAUACGGUGGUAGAAUGCACCGAGCAUCAUCGGGACGAGCUGAAAAGAGCUUUGGUUCUAGACCUGAUUGAUAAUGCACCUUUUGAGUUGAUGUUUAUGAAGGCACUGGGAAAUGGAACGGCAGUUGAUGCACUAAUGACAGCCAUAACGGACCCAACGAUAAGUUUGCAAAUUGCCCUUGCGGACCACGUUCAAAGGUUUUCAUCUUACAUGUGUCAUCUGCUUACUAUGCGGGGACUCCUGGCGUUCGGAGUGCUCGAGCAUUGCUUGGAGAAACGCUAUCGAGUUGACUUUGGACUUCCAGUUUGGGGUACACGGCAAAAAAAGGUUGCCAUUCCGUUCUCUGCUGCGGAUGUUCCAUCGGAACGGUCAGAAUUCAGCCACCCUGACGUUUGUAUCGUGCUCACUCUGCUUGGAUAUUACCACGGCGGUCUGACGAAGGAGGAGGUCCGAAAUGCGUUCAAGAUGCUGUUGCGCUUGGACAUCUCGGAGCAAGAGCAUCAGUACGAUCGAUGGUUUGUCAGCGUCGAGCCGGGAUUGACUGACACUGAUCGGAUGGCUCUGUGCAACGUGCGCCAUAUUAGUCUUGCCGAUAGCCGACAAUUCGAGACGUUGUGUCGAGUCUACAAGUACUGCAUGGAAGCGAUAAACUUCUUCUUGAACACGUGUGUGUUUCCCAACGAUACGCAGCAGUAUCCGCAACGAUUGUCCCGAACAGCGUGGAAUCUUGCAGCAGGAGACUGUACGAUCGGAUUCUCCGGCACGAACGAUAAUCACCGUUUGCUCCCACUUCCGGUGGCGCAACGAGAGCCAAAUGAGCCGUCAUUGCUGGGCACGAAUGGAAAGAUGAUCGACAAGAUCAUACGGGUGACACACAGUUACGAGGUGAUCAAUGCCAGUCCGAGACGCGGACUAAUACCAUGGCAGAGUGUGCUUUUAUUCGCCAUCGACAAGAAAGCGCAAGCUCUUAUCGAUACUGGUGCGCUUCUUGCAGGCGUUGUAAACAAUGAUGCAGCAAAAUUUCUUCUGGAACAACCUGACUUUGCGUUUGCUGGCGUAACAUUCUAUGACAGCCGGAAAGAGCACAACUGCUGGAUGAUCGCUGAGAAGACUCGACAAAUUGUCAUGCCAUUGGAACAAGCGCCGAUGCAUGAGAAGGAAACGUUUGUCAUUUUUGACGAAGCGCGCUCGCGAGGGUCAGAUCGAAAGCUAAGUCACAACGCUUCCGCAUUAAUAACUUUGGGGCCAAAACUUGCAAAAGAUAAACUGAUGCAAGGUGCGGGACGAAUGAGGCAACUUGGAUGCAAUCAAACGCUGUGGAUCGCAAGUUUCGAUGAAGUUGCGCAGAGUAUCUUGCAGUCAAGUGCUCACCGGGAGAUUCCGAUGUUGACUGCAGUCGACGUGUUGAACUGGGUGAUGGACAACACAAGAGAUGAGUGUAUUCGGGGCCUACUAGAAUGGUCAAAAAGUGGUCUUCAGUAUCAAAAAACACGGCUCGAUCCCAAGUCCGAGCUGGUCGAUGAAGAUUGGUCUUUGGAGUUUCUGUACCAGGAAAAGCUAGUCACGGACAAGAUUGCCCGAAUUGUUGAGUCGCAGGCCCACCGUGUGUUUGGAGACUUUGAUAAUGCCUUCGUCGCUCAAAUAUGUCGUAGAAGCCGUACGUACGGACUUGACGACGAAGUUUGCUGCAUUUCACACACAGGCGAGUGUGAGCGUGAAAUACGUGUGACGCAAGAGAAAAAUCAAGUGGACGACAAUGAGGUGGCUGAACGCACGCCAUCGGAAGAGACGACGUGGAACUAUCGAAAGGUUUUACAAGCUCGGUCGGUCGAGGAGCUCCACCGCGAAGUUGAAGUGAUGACCCUGGAAGGCUACACUCGAAAAUGGAUCUCCCCUGCCAAUUUCGCGGACUUUUCUUGGGCCAACACACGCGUCUUCGGGACUAAAAAUUUCUUCACUACAAUCAUGGCGCGAAAUGCCAUGGAUCGUAUGAACGAGUUUCUACGCGUGAUUGAUGUUGUGCUGAUGUUUGAUAAUGGCCAAGUGCUACUCGUAUCCGAGUGCGAAGCAGAUCACAUUCUAGCGCUUCUCUGGUCAAGCAGUGUCAAGUCUUCGAAUUUUCCAUUCAGCUCAAUUGGAAAGGAAUUGCCUGAGUGUUCCUUCCGCUUUGUGAAUUUUGCCUUUGCUUGCGAGAGUGUUAAUGGGGUUGAAGCCCCUUCCAAGUUUCGUAACGUGCACAUGGUUCUCGGCACCAAAUCGGAUCAUCGAGAUCAAGAUCUUCCACUAUCGCCAAUCGUAGCUUGUUAUUUAUACAAUGGCGAGACAAUGCUCACGAAUCACCAGGAAAUUGUCAUGGAGCCCAUUUUGCGUGAUUUGCUCCGUCCGGGUGUUCAACGAGAAACAACAUUGAGCAACUUUGUCAAGUCACGAGGGAACGGCCAUAAGUGGAUGCGCUCGUUUCUGCAUCAACUAUGCUGCCUCAUAGACUUGGAAGAGUGUAAUCGAUAA